AUGGCUCCUGGCAGUGUAACGGAAAAGAUGUAUUCGAAGAGCGUGAUGCUACUGCUUCGUGAGCGCAUAAAGUUUUUAGCAUGCUUAGCUCACCGAACCGUAGCACUCUAUGUCCUCAAGAGGCUCGUCUGUUCGUUCUUCACCCGCGAACGGUCGAAUUCGUGGCGCACCAUAUGCAUGGCUGCGGCCUUCCGGUUCGCGAUCGACCAUUCCGACUUGAGGUCGAACAUGUCCUCAUCUCUGAAGAAUUAUCUGAAAUGGACGGAAUCCAGUAAUCUGCCAGCAGCGGUCGAUGAAUUACCUGAUGGUGCACAUUUGCUGUGGAUCGGUCCAAAGCAAUUAGAUCAAGUUAUUCUGUAUUUCCAUGGAGGAGCCUACAUGAUGAGCUGCUCCGGGAAUGUCAUGACAUAUUGUCAGUACCUCCACGAAGAGCUCAGACAACGAAACAUCCACGUGGGCAUCGCAAUCCUAGCUUACAGUGCGUCUCCUUAUUCUCCACCACAUGUCGUUGAUUCGUUCAUGAUCCAAGCAGAGCUCGUCCCAGAUAACCCCUUCCCAACUCAAUUACGCGAAACCAAAGCCGCGCUCGAUAUGCUUCUGAAUGGGGGAGCCAAACCCGAAAAUAUCACCCUCGCAGGCGCGUCUGCGGGCGGUAACCUGGUCCUUCAAAUGCUCGCCCACAUCCUCCAUCGUUUACCGUCCGUCGAGCCAAUCCCAGAGACGCGCUUCCGUGGGGUAUUCCUGAUGUCUCCCUGGGUCUCCAUGAAAGCCGACAAUGGGCUAGCCCAGCACCUGCUCGAUGCAAAACACAAGUACGAUAACAUAAGCUCUCUCUACGGCCGCCAUGUCUGUCGAACGCUCCUGAAAGAUAUAUCGGACACGGACAUCCCAUUCGUCGAUCCCUUGGAAGCGCCAGAAGACUGGUUUAACGGAAUAGACCGACUGGCGGAUAGUGUAUUCGUCAUGUGGGGAGAAGUGGAGUGCUUGAUGGAGGGUCAGAAGAGGCUUUGUAACAAGUAUCUUGAGCCUUAUCAUCCACAGGUCGAGAUGUAUGAGCAGGUAUCGGGGGUCCAUUGUCAGCCGAUAUGGGAUUCUGCUUGGAUGUCGAAUGUCGGUGAGCCUCGAAUCGUGGAAUGGUUUUCGCAUGUACAUACGACUGGUAAGGCCAAGGAGGAAGCAAUCUGA